AUGGAAGGAAGGCAAGCGGCAAGAUACAUCACAGGAGUCAUUUUCAUUCAUGGAUGGAGCGUUCCCAGCCCAAUUUACAAGGACAUAGUAGAUAUUCUUGCUUUAGAAGGCUUUCGCGUUCUUGUUUUUGAUCUUUAUGGGCGAGGCUAUUCAGAUUCUCCAGACGUUCCUGAAUCCCCGCUUCUGUACGUUACCCAAGUUGCCCUUUUGAUGCAAUAUUUGGGUUGGACGCGUGCACGAGUGGUUGGGGUCAGCAUGGGUGCUGGCAUUUCGGCGACGCUGGCUGCGCGUCUUCCCCACCUUAUUGAUAACGACAUUGUGUUCAUCUGCGCCGCUGGCAACCUUCCAGCUAAUUAUCAUGGGAGAAUAAGGGCGCUGCUCACGACACCUCCCUUCGUAUGGUUAUCAAGCACUAAACUAAUCCGAACUUGGAAACAGCUUCCAGACCCUCCCCUGACCCCUGACGAUAAGAUGAAGCAGCUAUUGUUGUUGCAAGCUCGAACGCUCCCUCAUUAUGGACGGGUGUUAGCAUCCUCCCUUCGAAGGGGCCCGGUGAAGGGCAUCACCGAAGCAUACCGCACAGUCGGGAAGAGUACCAACCGUGCCUUGAUCAUUCAUGGUACGGAAGACACCACCACGCCAUACCAUCCAUUCGCGGACCCCAUCCUGAGGAAUCUUUUGCCAAAGGCCAAACUUGUAGCAAUCGAAAAUGUAGGACACGACCUCACCGUAACUCGCCCAAAAGAGGUAGCCGAAGCCAUACUUGCAUUCUUCAAUGCCGAGCCCGAGGAUUCAUAACCUAUUUUUGUACCUACCUACCUACCUACUGGAAUUUUCUUGAGCCAGAUUACAAUCAAAUGUAGCGAAUGCCGCCAUAUCCAGCACAAACACAUCUCUAGCCUCACGCGCGUGCAGUGUACGAACCGCACUUUUGAUUCGCUUAUCGCGACUUGCGAUGUGG